AUUUGUCAUGUUAAACCGCUUGACAUAAAUUUAACCUCUCAGCUAGAGUUUCUUGUCCCACUCUUUCCUUCCGUCUCGAUAAGUAUCAAGUCUUUAGCUUUUAGCACCAGCAGAUUGCCACUGCUGCUGUAGCUGCUUGCAAACGGAGCGUAAACUAAGCCGAGGAAACGGACAGCUGACUGAGGAGAUAUGGAGGCGGAGAGGGCACAUUACAGUCUGAUGGUGACAAAAGGCAUGUUUGGUGCUAGAAAGAAAUUUCCAGAGUUUGUUGAGGUAGUCGAUAACGACUUCACCGAUGACAGCAUGUACUACAACCAGCCGUCGAUGUUUCCACAUCGAUCGGACAAAGAUAUGCUGUCUUCUCCUUCACCAUCGUCAUCUGGUCAGCUGUCACAACUGGGUGCAAGUUUAUACGGGCCACAAAGUGCAAUCGGCUUCCCAGUGAGGGGCAUGGGAAACAGUACGCCUCAGUUAAACCGCAAUCUAACGCAAGGCACGCAGCUACCAAGUCAUAUCACCCCAUCAACAGGUGUCCCCACCUUGUCCCUCCAUACCCCUCCAUCACCAAGCAGGGGGACAUUACCAAUGAAUUCAAGGAACAUGCUGAACCACUCUCAGGUCGGCCAAGGCAUUGGGAUGAGCGGUAGGACCAAUAGCAUGGGCAGCUCAGGGCUUGGAAGCCCGAACCGCAGCUCACCCAGUAUCAUUUGUAUGCCCAAACAACAGCCAGCACGCCAGCCCUUUACCAUAAACAGCAUGUCUGGAUUUGGUAUGAACCGCAAUCAAGUUUUUGGGAUGAACAACUCAUUAUCGAGCAACAUCUUCAACGGCACAGAUGGGAGUGAAAGUAUAACAGGACUGGAUCUUUCAGACUUCCCUGCGUUAGCAGACAGGAGUCGGAGAGAAGGAACUGGAAAUCCAACACCGGUGCUCAACCCGCUGGCUGGACGGGCACCUUAUGUUGGCAUGGUGACAAAGCCAUCAACGGAACAGACACAGGAUUUCUCUAUCCAUAACGAGGACUUCCCUGCACUGCCUGGGCCUAACUAUAAGGACCCCACAUUGAACAACGAUGACAGUAAAUCUAACUUGAACUCCACAAGCAAGAGCACAUCCAGCACAGAUGGACCAAAGUUCCCUGGAGAUAAGACGACCUCAUCACAGAACAACAACCAGAAGAAAGGGAUCCAGGUGUUGCCCGAUGGUCGGGUGAUGAACAUUCCCACAGGAAUGGUGACGGACCAAUUUGGCAUGAUUGGUCUGUUGACGUUUAUCAAGGCUGCAGAGACGGAUCCAGGGAUGGUCCAGUUGGCACUAGGAAGUGACCUCACAACGCUGGGCCUCAAUUUAAAUUCGCCAGAAAACCUGUAUCCCAAGUUUGCUUCUCCGUGGGCAUCAUCACCUUGUCGACCUCAAGACAUCGACUUUCAUGUUCCAUCAGAGUAUUUAACCAACAUCCACAUAAGAGACAAGUUGGCGGCAAUUAAGUUGGCUCGAUACGGUGAAGACCUGUUGUUCUACCUGUACUACAUGAAUGGUGGUGACCUGCUACAGAUUCUCGCAGCAGUGGAGCUGUUUAACCGGGACUGGAGAUACCACAAAGAGGAGCGGGUUUGGAUAACAAGAGCACCUGGCAUGGAGCCCACGCUCAAGACCAACAGUUAUGAGAGGGGUACCUACUACUUCUUUGAUUGUCUUAACUGGAGGAAAGUAGCCAAGGAGUUUCAUCUGGAAUAUGACAAGCUGGAAGAGAGGCCUCAUGUGCCAACAACCUUCAACUACAAUCCAGCCCAGCAGGCCUUCUAAGGCCCAAACAGUCCAAAGGCCGCCGCUGGCGCACCACACAGCACUGUUGUCCAGGAGGGCCGCUGUGGUACACACAGCUUGGUUUUUAUUCCUUACGGAUUUGACUUUUUGACUGCGGGGUUUGUCAUCAACAUUAAAACUGUCCUGCCUUUCUGAAUUUACAUGCUGCCCAAAACACAAAAACUUGUUCCGUUUUUAUUCUUUUUGUUCCUCUGUUUUUUGUCUUGUUUAGAGCAGGGUCUGUGUUAUGUUUACGAAUCUGAGGCCUAUUUUCUGCCAGAGAGGACUGACCUUGUGGCACGGGACAGUGACAGAACAAAGGUUCCACCUCACGUGUUAAGAACACAAAAAAGCCGUACAAAGCUACAAUGACAUCCUCAGAUAGGAGUGAAGCGGUGAAAGAAAUGCAAUGUUUAUUGUUGCACUAUAUUUAGUAAUAAAAGAACACAAAAUUUGUUUGUGCUUUUUUAUGUGAACACUCCGAUUAUUUUAUUUUGUCCUUUGGAUCAGGGUGUUCCUCAUGCAGCCCUUUUCAUCUACUUUUCUUUCUUUUAGAUCAGUUCCUCCAACUUUUGGCAUUUGUUCUACCAAACAGUUUUCUGAGUCAUUCUGUCCCUCCACCAGUUUGUUUCUGCGACUUCUGUGCCACCCAGACAUGGACACAAAUCUGGGAGACGACUUUGGUUUCCACACACGUGGAAACAUCUUCAUAGAGGCUGAACAGCAACACAACUUUGCUCCAGAGCAAACAAAACACUUUCCAGUCUUUGUUACAAUUUUGUAAGAAAUGUGUAAAUUUUUUUCUUUGCAUCACAUAAAUUAGUAUAUGUACGUACUAAUCUGUAUAUAUGUUUACUAUACAUAUAUAUAUAUAUAUUUGACAUUUUGGAAGAACUUUUGGUCCUGCUUUGUACCUCGUUUUUAUGAGGCGAGCUUGGAUGAACAUGUUGAUGUAACAGAAUCUGCUGGACAGUGUCUUAAGACACAAAGGGCACUCACAUCAAAAUAUUAGAAAUAAAAGGUCUGACUCUCAGCCUUCAAACAAAAUCCAUUAGACAAACCAUCCCCAGGGUUACCGGUGCAAAGUAAACUAAGGAAUGUAUUUCACUUCAGGCUGUUUAUAUGCAGUCAACACCAACAUUUCUUAGGAAACUGGAAACUGGCAAUUUGAGGAGAGAAAA